AUGUACCAGCUGAACGCUGUGCCCGGGCGCACCUUCGCCGCACUGCGCGUGGAGGUGGAAUGUGGGGAAUCGUUGUCGUCCGAUAGUGACGAAAUUGUUAUUGCAAAAGUGGGGUUCAAUUUGUACGGCAGACGGUCAUUGGUUCUUUUUGAGUGUUGGCAGUUUGCUGUGCUGAGCUGUGUUUUGAUGCUGCAGGAGGGGAAGGUUGUGAGAAAGUGCUGGGACUGA